GGUAAUCACUUGUACCGUCCUCCCUCUCAUGUCCUCGUCGCUCGCUCAGUACGAGUUUUUUCUUCUCAACAACGUCUCGACCAUUUCUACCUUAGAAUCUUCCCUGCGUUCCUUGUCAUGGAUCCUUCCGGGAAGGUUUAAGGAUGCAGAACUCGCUUCCGAAGCUCUGUCUGCCUCGUUGAACAUGAUGAGCAUGUAUCAUGACACUCUCUUGGCCAGGCUUGUCGCAACAGAUUCCAACCUUCGUUCACUCCUUCCACCUUCAAUGCAUACCCGCUACACGCGCGCGUGGGCGAGCCAGGAUGCACGGUACAACUUGUUAGCACGAGCACUUGAAGUAGUUCGCUUCACGGAGCUCGUGAUUGAGAUGGGCCUGCGCAGAAAGGUGUCGGAUCGCAGCCGGUGGAGAGGUAUUGUUUUGUUGGAAAUCCUAAAAGCCGUCCUCCGUCUAGCGUUACUCAAGAUCACCAAGAGGCCUUUAUUGACUCCUCCUAUACCAGAAAGAGAUUUUGAUCCUACCACCUUACCUUCACCUUCAAACUCGACCUCUCCUACCCUUGUGCCUUCGUCAUCUCCUUCAUCGCCACCAACUACUCCAGAUCACCUCAAGAAUAAUCGAGUACCACCGUCCCCUCACCCGUUACUGACAACGCUUCCACCCCCCCGAACGGACACAUCGGUGGAAGAAUAUCUACUACCCAAAGCUCUCACAACAUCAUCCGUUAAACCUCCCCUUUCUCUUAUAGCUCCGUUUUUGUCUUCUCAAGAAUGGCUCGGUGAGAUAUCGUAUACUCUACGACCUUUGGUCUAUGCCACAAUGCUAGCUUAUGGCCGCAAGUCGAAAAGAGCUCUAUUUGUUGCCCUCGCACUCGAACUUAUGUCUAUGGCUCUACGGCGGGAACUUCCACCCUCUGCCUCUCUGGAACGUUCAGAGUAUGCCCGUAGAGAUAGAGAUAUUUUCUGGUAUCUGUUCCGAGGCUCAAUAUGGGACACCUUUACAAAGCCCAAGCUGGAAGCUGUCGCUGCACGAGCUUCGACUACACCGGUUUUUAGUUUAUUCGGUACUCUGAUGAAAGACUGGAUUCCUCUCCUCGAUGAAUAUUAUUAUUAUACCGCUCCAUGAAUAUGUUGUAUCAGUAAUAAUAACUAUGUGGUGACACUGGAUUACAGAUUCUUUUGCGUAAUAUUGUAACGGAGUUCACGGUGAAGGGAAGUCCACCGGAUGAUACCUCCUCCCUUGUCAGCGGAAUCAAUGCCACAUCACCACUCGACUAUAC